UGCACCAAAUUAGUGAGAGUUUUACUUUUAAACCGUGCGGUCACGUUCCGGAGCGGAUGUCGAACUCGAGCGCGGUUGACUGCGUUUACUGGUGGAUUGCGGAUGAUUGAACCAUUAUUGACCGAAUUGGUCGGGAACGGGGCGUUGAUUGCAUCUGGCUCGUAGCCAAGCAGAGCUGCGUCCUAGAGACCUUUGAUCUUCGAGCGUGUUUCCAAUUACUGGGCACGAGGAAGAAGCAGAAGCGAAAAGUGUUUCCAAUAUCGAGCGAAAAGGAUUUCACGCCCAGCCGCACAAAAAUAAUAAGGAUUACUGUCUUCACGGUGGUCGGAUUUGGUAAAGUGAGAAAAGCGUAAUGAAAGUGCUUUCUACGACCACACGUAGCGGAGGUCGAAUGCGUGGGAUCGGUAGAUAAAAUCUUUCAGCUGGCUCGAGGCAGCAUCCUGUCGUGGUGGUUUCCGGCCGUGUUUGUCCGGCAGGUUGGGCGAGCAAAUGUUCCGGUAGCAAGCAGAGGACAACAGACAAGCGUUUUGUCCCAGGGGGUACGAUAGUCGUAGGUUCUAAGCGUGUCCGGGAAAUCGAUUACGUCUUGCGGUGCGUUUGACCAUCCUUUUUCUGCUCGCGUCCAGUGGAAGUGUUGUCGAGUUUUCGUCUAGUGAGUGGCUUGCAGCGUUUAGUGGAGGAGGUGAACUCUGUUUUUGCCCCCGUCCCCUCUCAGCCAAAACAUGGCUUGAUUACACUUGAUAACGGUGGCUUGCUCUGCGGUUUUCGUUUCACUUUUGUUCUGCCAACACGCGCAUUUCAACGGAAUACAUAAAGUAGAUAGACUAUUCGCCACCAUCUCCGCGGUCGGUUUCCUGCGGUCUGAUAUGAAACUCUGUAGAAGCAAGAGCAUGGUGGGGGAAUUGGGAAAACCAAUGCAAUCUCGCUAGCCAGCGCGCGACUGCUGUGGGUAUGAAGUGAUAAAUUAAUUAAUUUUCUCUUCUCCGGAAGCAAUCGGGAAAAAUCAUUGCGGUUCGCCUGGGCAGUGCGACGAUGCCGACGAAAUCCUCUUAGACAAGAAGAAUACAAAAGUUUUCUCGUUGUGUGUUUGCCCCUCCGGUGGAUUGCCGUGUGAGAAGAAUGUGUAAUUAGAAAGCAGAAGUUGGUAGCUAGAGUAAAAGUUACGGGUGGCGUAGCGUCCGGCGAUCAGCGAGGGUAAAGGUUUCGCACCCUGGGUGUUCUAAGUGUAGAAAGUUUAAAGUGAUUUUCUUUAGCCAAACAAUUUGCCAGGGCAGUGCCGAAUGUGCUGGAAAGGAGUCGGACGAGGCGACCGGUUACACCUGGCAAUGGCCGCGCUGCUGCGAUUGCUGCUGAUCCUGCAAGGAUUACUGCUGACGCCAAUUGAUGCCUCGAUCAUCGUCAAGGAUAGUGAAUAUGAAAACACUCCACUGCACGUGGCCGAGGCGGUACAGGGUAUGAUGGGAAAGCUUGAGUGCAACAUCACGUCCCCGAUCGCCGGCGACCGGGCGAUUUUGGUCAUCUGGUACAAGGGCGGUCAGACGAUUCCAUUGUACACAUUUGACGCCCGUGAUACCCGGGAGGGAUCGCACCGUAGUUCCAAUUCGUCCUUCGAUGGUCGUGCGAGCUUCUACCCGAAUCGAAGUCCGGCGACGUUGGAGAUCCGGCAAACCAAAAGCUCUGAUAGUGGCGUCUAUCGGUGCCGGGUGGACUUCCACAAGAGUCCUACCCGGAAUACACGGGUGCAGCUUUCCGUGAUAAUUCCACCGGAAAAACUGCAAAUCGUGGACUCUGGAGGUCACAGCAUACCGCACUACAUCCUGGGACCGUACAACGAAGGAGCCUCGGUGAACUUUACCUGCGUGGCAAGUGGCGGCCGUCCAACGCCAACCGUCAACUGGUGGUAUGACAACGAAAUCGUGAAUCACUCGUCUACGAUUCUGUCGGAACGACGGGUGAAAAACACGUUGAUCCUGAACCGGCUGGAGCGCAAACAUCUGAAGGCCAUCUUCACUUGCACGGCGUCCAACAAUAAUGUCACCAAUCCUAUCUCGGCCUCCGUCACGCUGGACAUGAACCUGCGACCCCUGCUGGUACGGCUGCAGGGCAAAAAUCGGCCACUGUCCGCGAACCACACGUACGAUUUGCAGUGUGAGGUGCACGGAUCGCGACCCGCACCGACCAUCACCUGGUGGAAGGGAAGUACACAAAUGCGGGGUCAUCACGAAACGACUGACCCAGAAGGAAAUAUUACGGUGUCCAUUCUGACGUUUCGACCUACCAUCAACGACAAAGGAAAGUACCUGUCCUGUCGGGCGGAGAUGGCCGUAAUUCCGGAUGCAGGAAAAGAGGACGGCUGGAAACUAGACAUCUACCAUGUCCCGGUGGUGACGCUUGAGUACGGAACCAACUACAACUACACUUCCUCGAUCCGGGAGGGUGCGGAUGUCUACUUCGAGUGCAACAUCAAGUCCAACCCGUGGGUGUACAAAGUAAUUUGGCGACAUCAAGGCAGGGAACUGCUGAACAACCCAUCGGAGGGGAUUAUCGUAUCAAACCAGAGCUUGGUGCUGCAGAACGUGAGCCGCUCCCGGGCUGGCCUGUACACCUGCGUCGGCAGCAAUCGGGAAGGCGAUGGCGAGAGCAAUCCGGUUCAUCUGGAUAUCAAGUUUGCCCCUGUCUGCCGGCCGGGUCUGGUUACGACCUACAACGUGGGUCGGUACGAACAGGCGAAGAUAUCCUGCGAACUGGAAGCUAACCCGACGGAUGUGGCCUUCGUGUGGAAACACAACACUUCGGUGUCCGAGACGUUGGACAUUCCGUCCACCCACGUCAGCAGCGAACAGGCAAAGAGCAUCUUCCGGUUUAAGCCGAUCAGUGAAAGUGACUAUGGUACUCUCCUGUGCUGGGGAAGCAACGAAAUCGGAAUCCAAGCCGAACCGUGCGUGUUUAAUCUGAUACCGGCAGGUAAACCGGAUCCGCUGUCCAACUGCACUAUUCUGAAUCAGACGUUCGACAUGCUUCAGAUCGAAUGUCUGGAAGGGUUCGACGGAGGUUUGCAUCAGGAGUUCCUGGCGGAAAUGUACGUCAUCGGGAACCGGCAGCUGAUUGGAUCAAUCAAGAGCAGGGUGCCCAUCUUUGACCUGAAAGGACUGGAACCAGGCGUCGGAUAUAACAUAUUCUUGUCGGCCAGAAACUCCAAAGGUGCCAGCGAACCAACCUAUCUGCAGGCCUUUACUUUGAAGAACCCGGAGAAACAAACCGAUUUGUCCCUAGUGUACGCACCGACGCUGCACCAGAUUAAGCCAUUCAUCGGAACGCUGCUCGGAGUGGUAGCGGCCAUCAUCUCCAUCGCAUCCAUCAUCGUGUGCGUCACUCGGUUGCGCGGUUCGGCCGGUAGAGACCGCGACUGUAGCAACAUGUCGACAAACGACGCGUCCGGCAUCAGCCAAUCCCUGCCAACGGAAGGCGAACUGGCCCGGGAACAGCAGUGCAAUGGCAGUAUAGAUAGCAUCGAGAAGAACCCGGACAUCAUCCCGCAAGGGAAACUUCCGCACCUGCUGGAAGAAGACGAGAAAGCUUUCGAGUGGUUAAACAGUAGUGCCCACCCUCGGUUGUACGCGACCGCGGCACUUGCCGAGCAGCAGCACCAACAAGUGGGCGGUCUAAUCGGACCGCCGGGGGCUCCCGCGGUCGGAGCCUACGACAGUCGAACGUUUUACGCGACGAUGCGCGACGGAGCCUGUAUGCAGCAGAACGUCUAUCCUAGUGCCGCGAUGCUGGCCGAUAAUCAGAACUACAUUCCGGUGCACAGCAGCAUGAUUCCCACGCCGGUGAUCGGUGGCUAUAGUAACGACAGUCACAAGCAUGAUCUGACGUACGCCGACCUCACGACCAUGGCUGGGGGAGGAGGCGGUGGCAUACCGAUGCAACCCCACAAGCAGCAGAUGUACGUGAGUGCGACUCUCGGAAGACCCCGGCAGACGGACAUCAAACGAAGCGAACCAACAAUCUAUGCACAGAUUGAUUUGGCACACCAUCCAUCAGUACAUUCAACAAAUUUGGUUUAUACAAAUACCCGAGCUGGUAUUCCCAUUUCGCACACCGGCCAUCAACAGCAGCAAGCCCAGCACCACCACCAGCAGCAGCACCAACAGCAACAUCAUCAGCCAGCGACGUCCCUGGGGAUAAUGGUGCCCGUUCCCACCUCGGCAGCGGCGGCAGUGGCAGCCGGACUCACCGAGCGCUUUCCUCCGCCGCCACUUUUCGCUGGCCACGUGCCCGUCAGCAGUCCGUCACUCUGUUCAAACGAAGCGCCCUCCAGCUUGCUGCAAACCGUACCGGAGCUGCAACCCCUCUGCAGCACCCCGGACUCGGCAGCAUCGUCCGGCCCGUCCUCGGCCGCUAGCGACCGAAUGCUGCACAACGCGACCCGGUUCUGAUAGGAAGUUCGCGCUCAGGUAGGAUACAAUAUUUAAACAACUCGUAACAUACUCACACACACAGACAGAAAAACUGCCCAAAACCACUUGCGGUGGCUACCGAGUUACCGAUCUGUGAAUCAACGAACAGUCGAAAAGUUCAGCUGUCAGUCUGUAUUGGAACUAAUUGGAUGAGGAACAUAACCGGUGACUUGAACCUAUUUACUCUACAACCUACGAAUUCGAUCUUCAUAAUUCAGCAGAAAUCUUCUACUAAUCAAAACCAUCACCUAAUAAUCGCAAGAAAGUUUAGUAAAGCAAACAAAAAAAAUCUAUCAUCGGUGAAUAGUAAAAGCUUGUUUUGUACAUACGGUAUUACAUGAGAAAUGAAUGCAUUGGGCAGAGAGUUUAGUAACAAAGUUAUAGCAAAAGCAGAUGACAGAUGAAAUAAGUUUUUUAUAUAUAUACAUUUAAAGUCAUGAGACUACAGCUAAUCAACACUUAAUUCGGCUACUCUAAAAGAAUAAAAGACACAAAAAAAACAACAACAAACAAGGAACUAUUCAAUUUUCAAUCAAAAUAAGAACAAAGUUUAACAUAAACGAACAUUCAUGUCAAAUAGCUGUACAUAGUUAAGGAAACCAUUUUUACAUAAACUGAAGAACACUUAAAGAGAAAGAAAAAAAGAAACCCUAAAAACUCGAUGUAAGCAAAACCAAAUUUCACAACCGAUAAAACCGUAACCGAUGUAUCAAAGUAUGUUAACAUAAACACGAAAAAAAAACAAUCAGCUUCAAUGCGGUUGUCUAGAGACGAAAAGACAACCCAAAACUACCACCAUUAGCUGUGGGAGUUUACGUUUGUCCCAUAUUUUGACGCGUUCGACCAACCAUCGAACGUAAGGGACAAAAUACCGUCAACUAGUGUAUGCCAAAACAAAAAAUCAAUGGGAAGUACGUUUAAAUUUGUAUAAAAAAAGAAAAAUGAAACCUUAUAAAACUCAUGUCCUUUCAAAGUGUUAGCAAAACAUAAUACGAAUCGUCGAUCUAGUUUCGCGAAAAAAAGUUCACGAAACAUGGAAUAGGUUACACACUAGGGGUUACACUCUGGUAGUCCGUGGAAAGCUGGAGGAAAAGAAAAAAGAGAGAGAGAAAGAAAAUUCUAAUGUUUGUUAUGAAUGAUUCGUUGGAAGUUAUUGUAAAUUAUCCGGAAUAGGUCAAAUGAAGACGGGGCGAAAUGGCGAAUAAAUAAAAAUAAAUGCAGGGAUUAUUUAUCGAA